AUGUUUAUCGCUGAUGACAGGUAUACCCGUAAAAUGAUAGAUGCGAUUCACAACGGUACACUCAAGUCUAUGGUAGAAGCGGAGGAGCUCGUAUCGACUCCAGUCUUUGGACUCAGGAUCCCCACAUCGUUGCCUGGUAUCCCAAGUGAGGUUCUGGAUCCUGCUAAUGGUUGGGCUGACAAGCAGGCCUAUCUCCAACAGUUACAGCGUCUGGCUGUCCUUUUUAAUAACAAUUUUGAAGAGUAUGCUUCCAAGUGUCCGUCUCGAGUGGCCGCUGCUGGCCCGAGGGUGAUCGAGAGCAGUGGUGAUACUGUAAGGCAGACGGAGAGUAACCAUUCAAUGGCAACGAGCUCCGAGGUGAGGAGGCAGACUAAAGCUGCAACAGUGAAGGAUGAGAUUUGA